CUUGUCAAAAAGUGCCUAAUUAUCCGGUGCCUAAAGUUUCGGGUGCCUAAUUAUCCGGGUGCCUAAAUUUUCGGGUGCCUAAAUAUCCGGUGCCUAAAUAUCCAGAUACCGAUGGGGUACAUUUUCAGUAGAUGAGAGAAACAAAGUUUGAGAAACGUUGAGGUAGAUCACGAGCCUGUGAUACUGUUGAAUGUUGAACUUGAAAUCAUUUAGAACUCAAGUUUGGAUUUUGAGGUUAAGUUUAUAUUGAAAUGGAAAGGACCCAACUUUAUUUCUAACAAGUAAAAUUUUUGGGUAAAAUAAAAGAUUUUGUACAGAUUUCUCGUUCACUAGAAACAUUUCUUUAGACAAGCCCAAAUUUUUUUUGUUUGUUUGGGUGUUGAUUCGUUUUUGUGUGUCAUUUACCCAAAGCAAGAAGUAAUCAACUUGUUGUGUAAGUAGUUUAACCUUUUGUGUUUGCAAUGUAAUACAAAACUGCAGUGUGUUUCAUUGACUUUUAACUAGAAACAAAAAUGCUAUUUACAAGACGUCGCAGCUCGUGUGGAUGGAUCGCGUGCGUCACUUGUCUGUUUUCUGCAUGCCUGUUACUUCUUAUAAAUAAUUUCUUAGGAAAGAGAUGGAUGGCCUUGGUGUACUUCAGCGAGGACCAGGAUAGGGCACGACUGACUUAUGGCCACUUCACGUCUUGCCCGGAUGUCCUUAACAGAAUGGUUGUCGGACAUUGGUCGAAUAGGAAUUAUACUGCCCAAGAACUUGAAGAGGUAGAAUCUGGCGUUUUACGCUUGCGUCAGUUUCAUAAGAUACCAGACAGUUUACAAAGGAAUGAUAGUCGAUGUGGUAAUAUUGGAUUGGAAGGACUGUUUGUAUUCAGAGCCCUGUGUAACCCUAAAGGUCCGACACCGUGUUGCUAUAACAACGUAUGUGCCAAUAAGACUGUACAAGAGUGCCAGUGUCCACAGUGUUAUGACUUCAGGACAAAACUUCAUGCUGAGUUAGCAGAUUGGAUACCAGAUGACCCGACAUGUAAGAUUUUGAAGUUUCAAACUAAGAAGGAAGUCUGCGAUGUCUUACACAACACAACUCUAUAUUUCGUUGGGGAUUCCUUCAUACGGCAGCUGUACAUCUCAGUGCUGGGACUGUUUGACAAGAAUGAUACGUACAAAGUCUUUGCCAAGCACAUUAAAAAAGACAUGCUGGACAAAUGUGACAAGUAUUACCGCUACAUCUCUGAGUGUCGACGAUACAUCAACACUGAACUGAUGGAGUGUAACAAUAGUACGGUUCUUCGCUGUAUAGAGCGCUACCGAGCGACCACAAUAGACUCUGUAUUGACUGAAAUGAGGUCACUCCAAGGGAAACCCAACUCUUGGUUUAUCGCUGGGUUUGGAAAUCAUGACGGCUAUAACUUAACCUACUUACAAGAGAAGUUGAUAGACCCACUGUUAACAGAAGCCAAGAGAAACGAGUGGCCUAAGUUGGUCUGGUUCGAGCCCCAUGCUCCGGGCCUGAUGAAAACUCCACACAUUCCACAUCAACUGGCUCCCUAUAGGAUUCCGUUCAACGCCAAAGUUAAAGAACUUAUGGAGAAACACAGAAUACCGAAUUUAAGAUUUUAUUCUCUGACGGAACCAGUUCUCAGUUAUGAUGGAGCGCAUUAUGGGAAGGGUGUUAACGACGUCAAAGUCCAAAUUUUAUUGAAUUUUCUACUUGAGCAAAGAACUAAACUUAAUUCGUUAGAACCUGUUUAAAUAAAGUGGAGUUUUGUUGUUUAAAUAAAGUGGAGUUUUGUUGUUUAAAUAAAGUGGAGUUUUGUUGUUUAAAUAAAGUGGAGUUUUGUUGUUUAAAUAAAGUGGAGAUUUGUUGUUUAAAUAAAUGUGGAGAUUUGUUGUUUAAAUAAAUGUGGAGAUUUGUUGUUUAAAUAAAUGUGGAGAUUUGUUGUUUAAAU